AUGUCCAAUCACCUUGACGAGCUGCGCACCGCGCGUAAAGAGGGCCGACCCCAGCACUUGUCGAACACCUCGAACAAGAAUCCCGAUCGCUUUCUCGAGCUUCGGACCGCGCGAAGGGAAGGCGGACUCCUGCAACAGCCGAACAUCUCAAAGAAAAGAGACGGCACGACCGAAGAGACGCAUCCUAGAUCCCGAUACAGACGUCCAAUUCCGCACCAAGUCGAGUAUCAUCGCCCCGAAGGAGUCGCCGAGCUGUACCCAAAAGGUGACAGCCCCUUAGUCGACGACCUGAGAAGGAGAGUCAGAUCCUCUCCGCCUCCCUGGACACGGGGGCCGACAUCACAUCCUAGUGCUUCGGCGCCGCGGAUAACGAAGAAGACGGUACGCUGGGCCGAUCCGCUUGAACAACCAACUCCGCAAAGGAUAAGAUCAGAGAAGAGGAGGGACUCAGAGAAACCCAAGAACAAUGAGACACAAACUCCGGCAGAGGGCCAGCCUUGUACUCUCCGCCGGUACCGGGCUUCAAGCAUCCCGCGGCCCAAGCGCAGAGGUUCAGGUGCUCAACUCACCAAGCCAUCCUGUUCCGACCGUCGCCAAACCCCAAGCUUCACCAUCCAGUUGGUACUAGCGCCUCAAGCUGGCCAGUCUCCUCGACGCCCCCUGAGUCCCCUCAUCCCACAGGCAAUGCCGGCGCCAUUGCGAAUUUCGCCUCUCAAGUCGUCAACACGCCGUACCGCAAACACCAUUCCCCCUUCUGUUUCCGCUCGAGAAUUCCAGGCCAAGCCACCAACCAGGAGUUUUUCCUUCGAGGACCAACCCGAGGUCAUUACCCUCAGUCCAGGUCGUUGCCCCUCCUACCAGAAACAUGCCCCCUCGAGCAUCCAAGAAAAGCUUUCCUCCUCUCAGCCUGCAACCACCUUUUUGAAAGAAAAGCCCAAGCGUCGAGGUACCGUCCGCCCAACCCAGUCCGAUGCCAAGCCCGCUUCCGCUGCAGGCAAGACCGAGAGCAACACACCAUCGCUCUCCUCCUCUUCCUCGACAUCUUCAUUCCAUACUGCGAAGAGUUUCUGGAGUGAAAUCAGCGAUAGUAGCAAGGAUCGCGAUUCGUCUACUUCCAAGUGUCCCUCAGGUUCAAGUGAUGUGACUCUUGCGGUUGGUCAUGCUUCGAGAAGCCCAUCCAAGGCCGUCAUUUCUAAGAUCCCGAGCCCAAGCUCAGCGUCGAACUCGACCUUCGACGCCGUCAAGAGCUUUUGGAGCGAGAUUAGCAGCAGUAGUAGUUGUGGUGCCAUUAUUGACGGCGCUAAGGAUGCGAAAUUUCCCUGUGGUCCAUCUGCUAUUUCUGGUCGUACGGAGGUGUGCAGGACGUCGAAGGUGGCGGAGUUGUCGCGGUACACGGUCAAUGGACCCGUGAUGGGGAAUGUCCGAAACAGCAUCUUCAGGAUUCCCAUCUCGCGCUCCGAGAGUGGCUGCGUUGGUCGUGAUCGACCCAAAUCCAGGAUACCAGUCCCUUCCACUCUGUCGUAUCAUGUAACAAAGACUCAGCAGAGCCGAUAUGUUCCCCUUCGUGCUGUUAGUGGCGUAGCUGCUUCCCGGUUCCAGUCGAGCUUGAAGUCUCCUGCUGGUGGUGGUUCGACCAUGAGUGGCUCUGCCAGCUCUUUAUCCUAUCGGACAGCACAAAGCCAUCCCAGCGUCGGCAGUGACAGUGCUAGCCCCAAGGCCAAGAGCACAGCCAUCACUGCCACCGUCAUUCCAAGCAACGACUCGGUCCAACACGAAAACACUCCCUCCCUUCAACAGCAGUUGUGGCACGACGUGUUAAAGCUCUGUUCUUCGGAGUCCUCUUCUUGUCUGCCAGACUGCGACUGCGACGAUUGUAUCUGGUCUCGCCAGGAUGAUCUUGAUCGCUGCAGCACUGUGGCACAUGUGGACGACGGGGAGUCUCGUGAGCGGUAA